CUUGGAAACGAAACAUCAUUCUGAGGCGGAGCAUGAAGAUGCCUUAUAAUAAUCCGUCAAGCACUCCGUGCCACAGUAUUGGAUUUUGGUGUGACUUAACCAGACUCAAGAAAGAAAACCAGUAAGCAGAGAAAGAUUUAAACAGCUUGGAAAGCCAUGGAAAUAACAGUAAAAGAAAUCAACGGAAACACGACACGUCUGACUGUGGACCUCAGUGCCACAGUUGGUGACCUGAAGCAGAAGAUCUCACAGCACUUUAAUGUGCAAACUUCUCAACAGAAGCUGUCUGCAAAUAAUGGUCAACGACACAACCUUGAUGAUGAUUCCAGACGCCUCAGUAGUUACGGUUUGAGCUCUGGAUCCACAAUAGCGCUCCUCAUCACGAACCCUGUACCCAUCAAGCAGGUGUUUGUCAAGAACGAUAGUGGCAAGAUAAGCACUUAUGAUGUGGACGUGGAUGAGACUGUAGAUCAGCUCCGGAAAAAGAUCUCCAACAAAGAGAGAAUCCCUCUGACCCAGUGGAGUCUAGUUUGCGAUGGUAAAGAACUGAAGUCUGGCAUGAAGUUGAAAGACUACGGCAUUAAAGAUAAAAGCACAAUGCACAUUGUUUUCCGUCUCCGAUCAGGUUAAUGGAGAAAAAUAGCGGACAGUUUAUAUAUGUGGUUACUGGGACGAAAGAUGUCAAAGUAGGCUAUAUUUGUUAACUAAAACUAAAGCACUUUAUUCGUUCUGCUGUACUUUAAAUGCAGUUAAUCGCUAACAGUAGACAAUGUUUAAAAUUUGUUUAUGUAUGAUUAUUUAGGCCUAUGUAUUGUAUUUCAUGUGCAUAAAUGUUUUAUUUAAUAAAUUUAU